CUUCAUAAUUCAUAGAGAAUGUAGAAUAAUUUCACAAUUCACAGAGAGCGCAGUUCCGAAUAUUCAAUGUUUAACAUCCGGAUUAGGACCUUCACUUUUAACGAAUUUUUAAGAGACACACUUACUUAUUCAAAUAAAAUCACGUACAUAAAUUACACCGUCUGCAAUGAAAAUCAUAAGCAGUGAGGCCGAUUCAUUCAUUGAAGAGAAUUUAUUGAAUGAUGAAUGUGCGAUAAAUAACGUCAUACCCAAAAUAAAAAUUAGAGAAGAUAAAGAUAGCGAAUUCUCGAGCAACAUUGAUUCUUCUCUCGACAAUUCUAACGAAUGGAAUAAUUUAUUGAACAGUUUCAACGAGCGCAAAGCAUUCGUAACAAAAUGUAAACAAGAAUUUGACAACAGCAAAUUACCAGAACACUUCGAUCAGUGGACAAUUAAACAGCAGUACGAUCAUCUAAUAAGCAAUAUCAGCAAAUAUUUCCCAAACAUACCCGAAUCUUUGAAGUUCAUAUUGCCGGCGAUGUUCGAAAAUGGAGAUUUUAGUGAACGAAGAGGAAAUACGAAACCGGAUUGGUUAAUAAUGGAUAAAUUUUAUCGCGGACAGCGCUUUGCCGAACGUUAUUUCAGCGUAAUUCUUAUGAGUCAUAUGAUGGGUCUAAUCCAGAUAUUUAGUUUCUCUGACGGAAUCAAACCGCUGAUCCUCAGUCAAGAGUCAAACACUCCGUACAGCGCCUUUGUGCGAUACCUCAGGACGGCCAAGAGCUUCAGAAACUGGUACACGAGCGAUCCUUGGUGCCAAGGUACACCAGCCUAUCGCGAUAUCCAGAGAGUGCGAAAAUUACACAGCGCCAUGAGAUCGAAAUUGUGCAAGAAAAGCUUUGAGGAGAUUGACCGAGACAGUAAGAUUCAAAAUGUAUGGUGUCCUAUUUUGAGAAAAGUCACGAAAGACUUCGCAGACACGUGCCCGAUGGCGAAGAGCCAGCAUUGUCCUUAUACGAUGACAAGAACAACAAGUCUGAACCAAGGUGACAUGGUGGGCGUGAUGUUCAGUUGCAUGAGUUUGGUAGUGCUUUAUCCGGAACAGUUCGGAAUAUAUGCUAGCAACGAAGAUUUGGAGGCUUUUUGCCAUCUCUGGCGCGGUUUGGGCUAUCUGCUGGGCAUGAAAGAUCAGUAUAACUUCUGUCGCGGUAAUUUACAGGAAGUACGCCAACGAACUAAAGAUUUCAUCGAGUACUGGGUAAAACCGAAUUUCCGCGAGGUAACACCAGAAUGGGAGCACAUGGUCAUGUGUAUUUUUGAAGGCGUAGCUUAUAUGGAUCUUCCAUCCAAUUACAAAGUAUUUAUGCUUCAUCUCAGUGAUAUACUUGAACUCAAUAUGCCUCGCCUGUACGGGUCUUUUAGUCUACUGGAGAAAAUACUUUAUGCGUUGCAGAAAUUUAUGUUCUCUUACAUGAUGAAACUACCUGGUGUCAUCUCUAUCGUAAAUAAGGUGAUAAACGCGUGUCUAGAUCGAGCAGCAGCUUUUAAAGGCAUCAAACAUGCCGAGCUUAAGAAAAAGUCAUCCAAAAUGUUUUAAGAGUUUAUACCGCUUAAAUUCGACAAUAGAAUCUUAUAAUUAAUAUAAUUUCUUUGCUUUCAUAGCUUUAUAUAGUAAAUUCUGAUAAUCGUAUAAAUUGUGAUAAAAGUUUAAACAAGCUGAAAAAGAAAUAGAUUUAGCUCCAAAAAUAAAUUAAAAGAAUGUUAUACAUAAAGGACUCUCAAAAUUAAAAAGUAAAGAAAACAUUUCGGGCAAAUCAGAAUCAUGCACAAUAAUUGGAAUGCAAAUUAAUUAUUUAAUAUAUUCUUCUUAUGUUAGUCAGUCUAUGAGCCAAACGUUCAGACUUUGUGACUUGUGAACUGUUGUAUAUUCAACUUCACGUUAUCUUUUAUUUUAUGACUAUCGUUAAAAUGUUUCAUUAUGUCUAUGGUCUAAGUUUUU